AUGGAUCCACUGAAUAUGAAUUGCUUAUCGUCACCGAUCUUGAUAGAGAUUCACAAGUUGGUGACUUCGUAUGGAGAGCAGUCAUCCGAAAAGUGUUUGAAUCAGAUUGACAGUCCCGAGAAACACAGCCGCUCUAGGUCACUGAAUAUAAAAGGACGUGCUAUGGAAUUAUCCGACUUGACGGUCUUCCACAAUAGAAUACUCACUCCUGACGACAAAACCGGAAUGAUCAGUGAAAUCAGAGGCGAUCAAAUUAUUCCCUGGGUAUUCCUCAACUCCGGUCCCGGAAACACAACUGAAGGUUUCAAAUGCGAAUGGAUGACUAUCAAGGAUGAUUUGCUUUACGUGGGAAGCAACGGUAUUGUGAGUGCGAACAAUAAAUGUAAAAUGCCUUUAUUUUACUGCUCAAUACUUGGGUGCUUCAAAGCUGCGACUAAACAUGGUUUAGACCGAAAUAACAUGUGGGUCAAAACUGUUACUCCAAAGGGAGAGGUUACUCACCGAAACUGGACCGAUAUCUACAAUAAAAUAAAGGCUUCGGUCGGUAUUUCUGAAGCAGGAUACAUAAAACAUGAAGCUGUACAGUGGUCGGCAAAACAAAGACGUUGGUUCUUUCUCCCUAGAAAAGCGGCGAACACACCCUAUAAUAGAGCGGAGGAUGACAUGAAGGGUACGAAUCUUCUUAUAAGUUCGCCGGAUCUUGUUCAUUUCGAAUUCAAAACGGUUGGAGAACGAAAUCCUGAGAGAGGGUAUUCUGCAUUCACUUUUAUUCCGGACACAAAUGACGAGCUUAUUGUCGCCUUGAAGACGAAAGAAAUUGGCGAUUCUACGGCCACAUUUAUCACCGUAUUCAAUAUCAACGGUAAGGUCAUUCUUGAAGACACUGAACUAAAAGGUGAUUACAAGUUCGAGGGAGUGUAUUUUAUUUGA